GUCUUAUAUAAUCGGUAUUAUCCCUCCUGCCGAUCCAUUCUUUCUCUCUCGUUCUCUCACCUCUUCCAACCCACUCCAAUCACGAACACCCAUCAUUCCAUCCCUCUCUCUCGCCUUCACUUCACACACACACACACACACACACACUCUCUCUCUCUCUUUCUCGCUCUGUUUGCGGUUCUUACCUUUUUUGGAUUUGACGCGUUAUCUGCAUGGUCCUUUUCAAACCGGUCUCUUGACCUUUUCAUCCACUCGUUGUCUGUCGGUCUGUUCUCUUCUUCCUGAAACUCUCCACCCGCACGACUACCACGGUUACUUCUCUACCUAAGCCCAUCGCCCUUUACCACGCAAGAGAAGAUGCUGUCGGCUCCUGUCAAAUCCGCCAAGCGCAUCUCCUCGCUAUUCUCACUGGGCUCUCACAAGGAUGGCUCCGUCGCUUCAUCUCCCGUGUCACCCGGCUUCAGGUCCUCCCCCGAACAGCAACCCCAGGACGCGACCCGACCUCGCAGCGCUUCCCGACCCUCUCGCAUCGUCUCACAGCCCAACCUCGAUACCUCGACAGAUUUCAAUUACGACGACCCCCUCCCUCCACCGCCAUCGCUCCUCGCUGUCAACCAGGAUCUCGCCAACAGCGCCAGCACCGGCCCCGAUGGCAGACCACAGAGCCGGGGUCGUCGGAGGAGUAGCAGCAGACCCGCCAGCGCGGCUGGCUUGUUUGUCCCUGGUGGUGGUGGCUCCGACUCGCGUCCUAGCACCCCCUCCAAGCGACGCAGUUGGAUUCCUGGCCGCGCCCGCGCGAGCUCCGUUGAUACCAGAGGCCCUGCCAGUCCAGGUCUGACUCCCAACCAGCCCGGUGCUUGGAUUGCGGGUCUAGAUCAGAAGAUUGCCUACGAUUUGGAACCGUUGGCGCGGGGUGAUCAGACUUCCGAAAUCUGGAACGAGAAUGGCGAUACCUACGUCUACCUUUUCCCUCAAAAUACCGGCAGACCACCGUCGUUCAAGGUGCAUUCGACUGUCUUUGCUGAAUCGCCCUCGUUGACCUUCUUGGCCCGUGGUACCGAUCCCAAAGCGCAGGCUCUGGAGCAGCAAGCACGACACAUGUCGAUCAGUAGCCCGACAAAUCUGCCUGACAAUGACAAUGAUAGCUCCGGUAGCAACCGCAUGGCUUUCGUUGACGACGUGGCCGAUGAGCCCCAGGAGCUGCAUCUCUUCUUGCCCAUCCCCCUCAACUGCGACGUCUCUAGCCCCGGCACCCGCAUCUCGCAAGAGGACACUGAAACCCUUCUGCUCUUCCGUAAUCUCUUUGCUUUCUUGUUAGGCCAGUCCCUCAUCGCUACCCCCCGCUCUCCGUCGCUCUUCUCUAUCUUCAUGGAUGUCGCCUCGCUCUUAUCCCGCUUCGAGUUUAGCAACUUGGACGGUACCAACUUUGGUGAAACUGCGACCACUAGCUUUGGCAAUUACUGCGACGAGCUCCAUCUGGGUGACGUGCGCCGCAGUCGUGAAAAGACGAUUGAAGCCAUCGUUCUUGGCGAGCGGCUUCGUUUCUACCCGCUCUACCUCGAAGGUUUCGUGCACGGAGUGGGCAAACUGGACGAGCUCAAGCAGCUGCGUAGUCCCAAGUUUGGCUUGAUCCAUCCCAUCACCCAGAAGCGUCUGGAACGUGGUUUCAUCGACCUCGAUACCAGGCUUCGCGUGCUUUACAGUAAGCUGAAUGAGUUCGACUUCCCCUCCGUCUUCUCUGGAGCAGCCAACUCCACUACGUCCGUGGAAAGCAAGGUUGUUCGCUUCAAGGCCUGGAAGCAAGCCUUUUCGGAGUUCCGCCGCUUCACCAUGCAGUACUACCGCCAGAAGUAUGGCUCGUGGCCGCCCAAGGCCCGUUCCAAGAAGAACCAUUUCGAAGAGAGUGGGCUCAACCGCCAGGUCCUCAAUGACCUGUAUCGCGAUUUCUGCGAUCUCUACGACAUGAUGGUCGAUCGCGGUGCGCUGACUGACCGCACUAUCGACCAUUCGGGCGAAGCACCUCAGACCUCAGAUCCGGACGAACUCCAGACCCGAGCCCUGCGCCAGGUCAUGAGCGAGUAUGACCGCGCGACGCCGCCCGUGCAGCCGCCGAUUCCAUUCGACACUCCCCAGAUGCCGUCCUUGAAGUCUCUGCACAGCAAGCCCAUGGACGCGAAGAAGGAGGCCAAGCGUAAGACCAAGAAGCUCAAGGAUACCGAUGUCAACGCUGUCCUGAUGGGUUCCUACACUCGCGAGGGCCUGCGGGCCACCCCCUUCAUCGAGAGCUUCAUGCAGUUCGAGCGCCGCUGCGGCCACGGCAAGUCGGUCAACGACCUGAUUGACUUCCGCUGCGGCCAGUGGAUCUUCCUCUACUGUGUCAUCCAGGCCCUGCCGCUUCUCGUGGUCGACGUGCCCAACGUCAGGUACAACGAUGCCGUCGAGUACUUCCUGUGCAUUGCCCCGCGUGGUGGUGCGCCAUGGAUCCAGAACGACUCCAAGACCGCCCGGAGUUGGUUCGGAGUCGCCGGUGGUGCUGGUGUUGUCAGUCUCCCGUCAGAUGUUGUCGUCAACGGUGUUGAGGGUAUCUAUCGUCGCAGUCACUGCUGGCAGAUGGCCGAGCAAUGGGCCGAUACAGAUGCCAUUCUCGAACCCCCGAUUGUUGAGGACGCCUACGACAACGAGUCGUCCGUGUCCUCGCCGUACCCGGCCCAACAAUCGUCUGCCGGGUCGUCCUCUGAACCCCAGCCCGGCCCGUACAUGGCACCCCCGAAUGCCCUCACGCCGCCGCCAGCGGCCAUUCCUCGAACCAACUCGCCUGCCUUGCGGAGCCGGGCCGAACACCGUCAUUCCAUUUACCCUGGUCUGGAGGCCCUGCCACUGCCGGCCGGUGUGGCACCCAUUGAACCGCCCGCGCGACCGAUGAGCCGGUUCAAUCCCAACAUGAGCUUUGAUGAUAUCUUGAAGCAGGUUCCCCAGAAAAAGAAAUAAUUUUGACAACAUAAAAAAAGGAGUACUAGGGAGGGACCAUUUGUGUUUAUAAUUUGUGUUUUGAAGGGGUUCACUUCUCAUUCUGUUUUCUUUUCAUGCAUUACCUGUUCUACUGUGGUGUGCGCACACUCCACACGAACAGUCAUAUCCUUUCCUUGCAUUUACCUUAUAAUUCCCAUUUCGUGUUUUGUUACUGUGUCUGGCUCUUUGCAUCUAUCUUUUUAUCUUUUUGUACUUUGGACUUGCGUUUUGGGAUUGUUUGUUGAUGCACACAGGCACAUAUAUUCUCUGCCAAGGGAAGGAAUACUGUGUUUACAUUUUGUGAAUCGUGGUCAACCAUGUCAGAUCUCUCAACCACAUACUUUAGACUGCGAUGAGAUCUGAUACAAUGUACCAUGACAUGGAUAGAAAUAAUACGUCCAUAGAGGACGGUAAUACUUGAGACAUUCCAC